AAGCGGCUGCUUCUCUCUCUUUCUCUCUCUAAAAUUGUUUUCUUCCUCCCUAUUUAUCAUUUUAUUAUAUGAUAGACUUCCCAUCCACUCUCCUCUCCCACUCCUCUUUUCAGCUCAGAGAAUAACGAGAUUUUUAUCUCUCUCUAUCUCUUUCUUCCCUUCUUGAUCAGCAGUUUUCCCUUCUUUUUUGCCUUUUUUAGCUUCCGAUUCUGCUUCAGAUCCAAGCCGGCGAAGCCAUGGCGGUUGUGACGGAGAGCUUCUCCAUUCGAGAGUACACGGAGAGGAUGAGAAGCAUCGACUUACGCAGAUGCUGGCCGUUCGAGGGGGAAAGCGAGGGUAGAUGUCUGCUGCCGUCUAUCUCGGUGCGGAGGUUCAAGUGGUGGGCCGACGAGCUGUCCUCCGCUAGAUCUAUGGUAAUAGUUGAGGAGGAGGACGAUCGGAGCAAAGAUACGGUGGUGGUAGCGACUUUGGGAGCAGAUGACAUACUGCCGCCGACGCGGAUGGAUAUGGGGCCAUCUGCCGUUCCUAUAGCGGGUGAGGAGGUAAGGCGGACCUCGAAGGGAAAGCAAAGGACGCCGAAGAAGCGAUCCAUCGUUGAGCUCUUCGCCGCCGCACCGUUGAUCGCUGGCAGAGUUGAUGUUGACGAGGCUAAUAGUGAUGAAGAUGAGCGUUGGGAAGAGGAAGAUGCCUUUGAUGAGGAUACGGAGCAGCAGAUUGAUGUGGUGAUCAGAAAGAAAAAGGCGAUGAAAGAUAAUGUUAUAAAGAAGAAAAAGAGAAGGAAGAAGAAGAAGAAUAAGGGGAUUAAAGAUGGGCUUAAGUUGGAGAUCUGUGCUUUGGAAAAGGAUAAGUUUUGUAAACCCAAAAUGAUAUCUUCAGCUCAAAGUUGCAAGUUUCGAAAUCCAGUUUGUAGCAAAAAGAGUAAAAAGACUGCCAGAAGUUCUGUUGAAAGCCAGAAGCAGCCCGCAAAGGAGAAAGUUGUUGGGAAGAAACUUAAAAUCUUACGAACUUCAAUGCUGUUGUCCAGGAACCAAGAGGUUGCAAAGAAACCUCCUGUUCGUAGCAUUCUCAAGAAUCAGAAAAGAGGCACUGCAGACCGGAAGUCAAGUAAAGCAGUCGGUGCCAAGGCAGCCAAUUUAAUCAAGUUUUAUUGCAAGUCAAAUAAGCAUGUUACCUUCUCUGUUAAGGAUGACAUGGUAGGAAAUAACAGAGCGUGUUCAAGCAUGGAUUUUCCUCAACUCCAAAACCUCUGCAAAAUUUUCUCAGAUGUUUUGGCUGCUUCUUCAGCCAUGAACCAUUCAAGUAAAAGCCAUGAUCUCCCAGAGGCUAGUGAUAAGUCUCAGGAGGCGAAUGCAUGUGAGAAGGGAACUCAUUCAAGUGUUGUAUCUAGGAUGGAAGCAUCUUCUACUGAGAAGAAUCAGUCAAGUGAUUCUAUUGUUAAUCUCUGUCAGCCAACAGUAGUCAACUCCAGCAAUAGCAGCUGUUCUGGCACAGAGAAGGCUUCUUUCGCCGUAAUGCUUGAUCUAAACCAUGCUGUAGAUGCUAAUGACAUUGAUUGUGGUAUUCCUGCUACCUCAACUUUAUCUGCCAGCUGCAUUUACUCAGGUGAUCCAAAUUCUAGAGUCACUUUUAAUGAGAAGAAUCUAAAUUCUACUUCUGAUAUUCAUUUAGAAGCAGGUUUGCCUAGGUCAUCAGAACCCAGCCUUGUUCUUGCCCCAGAUGACAAGUUUGUUGCUAGUUCUAAUGUAACAAGUUCAAUGACACUCCUGAAAAAUCCUAGUUCACAUAGUUCCACAUCUUGUCUAAUUUCUUAUAAUAAAGCAAAUGAGAGGCAGUGCCAACCACAUGUUGAUGCAGAUGUGAACUUUUAUCGUCAACAAGAAGAGCAUCAAUCAGUGGGCCAUCGCUCUCCAAAUGGUAUGCUUGGUAACCUAUGUUAUUCUAUGGGAUCCAAAAAGUCUGGAGAAUAUUUAUUCAAUCCAAAUUCAGUGUCUACCUGCAGAAGCAAGUGUCCAGGUGAGGACUUUAUUGGUUUGCCUCUAAAUUCACAAGGUGAACUUAUUCAAUUUCAUUCUGGAACCAAGUUUAGUGAGGCUUAUAACAAGCAAAACAUGGAAUGGGGUUCUAGUCAUAACUUCUCUGCAAACAGGCAUGUUGAAUCUAAUGGCCGUAUGAACUAUUUGGAAAUAAUGAGAAAAAAGGUUGCUGGUGCAACUUCUUAUCAAAAGAAUCAGUCAGAUUGGAAUCAGAAGCCGUGCUAUUCUACCAGGGAAAGAGUGAGACAUUGGCUUAAUUUUGCUGAAUUGGAAGGUUCUGAAAGACUAGAAAUCCAAAAAAAUGAGCCUAUGAAGGGUAAAGACAUAUUUAUCCAUUGUAAUUCAAACCCGAGAAGCCAUUCUUUUGAUGAAUAUACAAAUGGCGAGGUCCCACAUGAUUUCUGUGAUAGGGUUGAUUAUCAUAGUCAGCCUGCUGUUCAACCUACAGUGCGUUUGAUGGGUAAAAAUGUAGUGGUUAGUGGCAUAAACAGAGAUUGCAAUGGUUUUAAUAAUGGGAGAACAUGGAACAAUAAUGAAAAUUUAGCUGAUCGAACUCAAUGGAUGCAAAGAGAAGGUGUUUCGCAUCCAACAACAAUGGGGACAUCAAAAGGAAAUCUGCUUGAGUUGUUAGAUUCUACACCAAAAUUUUAUCGCAUGAAAGCAUUGGAACCUACAUUGGAUUAUAUAAACAUCACUCAACAACCGCAAUGGCCCUCAACAAGUAACGAUCCAGCCGUUCUAAACCACACUUUCAAGUUGGAUAUGAACAAGCGUGCUCUCCCUUCUCAAACCUUUAUGAACAAGGCAACCCAAUUCUUAGGGAAUUGUAUUCCAGGAGAAGGAUCAAUCACUACGGGGCACCAUUAUCCUGCCAUUGUAGCUUCUCAUCCACCAAACUUUCACGAGCAAAUGCUGCUGAGUUCUUCCCAUUGCAAACAUAACCAGAAAGUACCAACCACACAAUCCCAAUUUAAAUAUCAGGAUUAUGGGAAAUUUUCUCAGCCUCCAUUACUACAGCCUGCAUCAAAACUGCCUCAGUGGUUGCUUCAUGCAGAACAUCAGAAAAGAACUCAACUCUCUGAUACAGCAAUCAGCCAACCCUGCAAUGUUUCCGGAACUAAUUCAAAUUACCAUCUUUCUCCAUAUCAAGUGCCUGUGAUUCCUUUUUCGUCUCGCAGCAAUACCGAUCGCCGCAACGGCCCAUUUGUUUCAAAUGCUUGCACUCCAUCCAUCAUCUCUCUUGCUACAGCUACCGGGUCCAGUGGCAAUGUUAGUAAGAGAAAUAUUAGCAUAAAAAAGAAGGAAAGAGAUGGAACAUAUUCAAAAUCCACAUCUUUCAAGAAUCCAUCUGAUGCUCAGAAACUUGUAAAGAGGCCUGCUCAUUUUGAUGAUGAUGGAAUGAUAAAUUCUGCAAAGAGGCCUUUAAAAGGGCAAGCAGACUCACAGGUUCUUGCAGAACCAAACGAAACAGAGCAGAUAAAUGAUGAAGCAAUAUCUUUGGACUUGCAGAAAACAGGAAAUGAAAAGGGCUUAUGCAGGAGUGUAAAUAGCUCCAAUUCAGGACCUACCAAAUUGAUUGCAGGAGCAAAGCAUAUCCUGAAGCCCUGCCAUAGAACAGAUGAAGAAAACUGUAGACCAAUUCACUCAAUAAUCGUUCCUGCCACUAAUGCUCCUGGUAAAUUAUUUGGCCCUGAGAAGAAGAUUUCAAAUAUCUAUAAUUUCUAGCAUUCUAUUUUGUUAUUUUGUCACUUAACUUUUUAGUUUAUUCCACCAACCGACUGCUGAUAUCUGUUUAAUUCGGCUUGUAUUUAAAAAAUAGCCACCCCCCCCCCCCUCUCAAGGCAGCCCCCCC